UACUUGGCCACACAGCUCAGGACUGGGCUGCAGAGCCAUGUCUCUAGCCUCACUCGCUUUCUUCUGUAUUGGGCUGUGCAUACUGCAAGUGAUUCAAACACAGAAUGGUGUUUACGAGAAGCCCUCACUCUCAGCUCAUCCCAGCUCAUCAGUCCUUCCAGGCAGGGAUGUGACCCUAAAGUGUCACAGCCAACGCAGUUUUGAUGAAUUUGUUCUAUACAAAGAGGGGGAUACUAGGCCUUAUACGAUAUCUGAGAAAUGGUACCGGUCCAGUUUCCCCAUCAUCACAGUGACUGCUGCUCACAGUGGGACUUACCGGUGUUACGGCUUUUACAGCUCAUCUCCACACCUGUGGUCAGCUCCGAGUGACCCUCUAGUGCUUGUGGUUACUGGACCCUCUGCCACUCCCAGCCUGGUACCAUAUCCCAUGACAGAAGCCUCCUCCAGGAGACCUUCAGUCUUACCCACAAACAAAAUAUCUGCAAUUGAAAAGCCUAUGAAUAUCACUGCCUCUCCAGAGGGGUCAAGCCCUCCAUUUGAUUUUGCUCACCAGGAGUAUGCUAAGGGGAACCUGGUCCGGAUAUGCCUUGGUGCCAUGAUUAUAAUAAUCUUGGUGGGGGUUCUAGCAGAGGACUGGCACAGUCGGAAGAAACGCCUACAACACAGGAUCAGAGCUGUGCAAAGGCCACUACCACCCCUCCCACUGGCCUAGAAAUACCGGCUUUCAACAGAGGGAUUGACCAGAAAGAUGUUCAUAACCAUGGACAUCACCAUUAAAGCCACAGACAUGGACAUAUUCAACAGUGGGGAGGUUAUAUAAAAAAUGAGUGUGGAAAAUAAAUAUGAGGGAGAGGCAACAAGGUAGGAUGGUGGGUCAUGAGCUUUCUUUGUGCUCAAUCAAGAGUUGAGCCAAUGUCUACUUUGCUCUAAGAACUCCACAUGGGAUGGAAAAGUCUCUUUUCUAAUAUCUUGCACAUUGUAGGUAUCGUAAUAGACCUGUGUAAUGGCCUUUCUUCAACCUUUGCUAACAUGGAUUCAAGAUUAAUUUACAAAACACCUGGCUUUCACAGCCGACCUGCUCCAUUAUUUGUGCAAAAACUUUUGUUCUCUAAUAGUCUGUUUUCCUUUGAUAGUCUAUAGCUUUAGCCUUUACCCUAACCUCAUCUUAAGUCACAGGUGGAUAUGUCUACUUUUUAGAAGGAAAAUGUGUCCUCCAGAAAGUGGGGUAGGGUAUUACUUUUUAUUAGUAUAUAAUCUAUAUGAUCAGCAUAGUCAUUUUUUGUUUAUAGUAGAUAUAUUUAAAGACUUGAAAUGGAUGCCUAAAACUAUAGAAAGUACCAAAUCCUGUACCCACCAUUAUUUUAUAUUCUCACAUUUUGAGGCCAUUAAAGUAAGAUGUAUCUGACUAUAAUGUCUGUGACAGUUGA